UGCAUAGUGAGAACGGUGUCCAAAAAUUGUCAUAUUUUGCGUACAUUUUCACACAAAAAAACAUUAUAAUGUUUUAAAUCAUGAUAUUCAAACGUUUAUUACAUAAACAAAUAAGCUCUUUUUUACAUCAAUGUGAUAAAAGGUUUAUCAUCCAUAACACAUCAGAUUCAUCAUUAAAGUGGAAGAAAAUAAAAGACUUUAAAAAAGCAAUGCCGCCUCAUAGAGAAAAUCCCGUAGUAACAGUACUAGAUACUCCAGAAUUUCGAUCAAUUUUUACUCCAGAAUUAGAUGUGGUAAGAAAUCUUUUUAAGAAGUAUAAUUAUGAAUUGAGGAUAGCUGGUGGUGCAGUUCGUGACAUGCUUAUGAAAAUAACACCAAAAGAUCUUGAUUUUGCUACAACUGCAACUCCUAAUCAAAUGAAAGAAUUCUUCACAAACGAGAACAUUAGAAUGAUUAAUAUGAAUGGUGAAAGACAUGGGACUAUUACAGUUAGAAUAAACGAUGCUGCUAAUUUUGAAAUAACUACAUUGAGAAUAGAUGUUGUUACUGAUGGUAGACAUGCUGAUAUUGAAUUUACGACAGAUUGGAUACUUGAUGCGAAUAGAAGAGAUUUAACGAUAAAUUCAAUGUUCUUAGACUUUGAUGGUAGGGUUUAUGAUUAUUUCUUCGGAUAUGAUGAUUUGGAAAAAAGACGAGUUGCUUUUGUUGGAGAUGCUCAUACUAGAAUAACUGAAGACUUUCUAAGGAUUCUUCGAUACUUCAGAUUUUAUGGAAGGAUAGCUGAUCAUCCUAACAAUCACGAGGAAACGACGAUUAAGGCCAUAAAGGAUAAUGUUAGUGGGUUAGAAAGGAUUUCUGGGGAACGAAUUUGGACUGAAUGGAGUAAAAUUCUUGAGGGUAAUUUUGGAAUGGAAUUAACGAUAAAAAUGAUCGAAUGUAAUCUUGGAAAAUACAUUGGACUACCGGAGAAUAUCGAUCUUGACAAUUUUCGCCAAAUAUGUCAAAGAGCUCGGUCUAAUAAUAUGGUGCUUCAUCCAGCCACAAUGAUAGUUUCUAUGCUCAAAGAUGAGAAAGAGGUCUUGGACGCUCAUGGAAGAUUAAAAUGGUCUGGUUAUAUUAGAGAUUUAGCAUUAUUCGUCGUUUUAAAUCGAAAUAUUGAGGACUCUCAAUUGCCUUUGUUGUCGUUCAAACAACUAAUGCUGACAUCUAACAAGAGGAAAACUACUCGCGAAUAUAUCUUAGAAGUUUUUAAAUAUCAAGGAAAAUUCGAUCUUAUGAAAGAAUUUCAAGAAUGGGAAGUUCCACAUUUUCCAGUUAAGGGAGAUGAUGUGAGGUCAUAUAUUACAAAUCCUAAAAUGAUAACCAUUGUGUUGAAUGCUUUGAAGAGAAUUUGGCUGAUAGAUAAUUGUCAAACUAGUAGAGAUAGUUUGUUAGCACAAGUACCUGAUAUAAUAGCGAAUUCAGAAGAGAAAUAUAAAUCACUUAUUGACACUAAAAAAGUUUCUAAAGGAAAAAAAAAUAAAGAUGUGAUUAAUAGUUAA